GAGAUCUCUGCAGUUGAUGCUUCAACAAUUGAGUACUCAUAUUUUAACACAAGUAGGAUAACCAGAUUCAUCGUACACGGAUUUAUAGAUAAUGGAGAAGAAAAUUGGCUGUCAGACAUGUGCAAGAGGAUGCUUACUGUGGAAGAUGUGAACUGCAUCUGCAUCAACUGGAAAAAAGGCGCAAGAUGUCAGUACACCCAGGCAUCAAACAACGUCCGUGUUGUGGGUGCUGAAAUAGCUUAUUUCAUUAAGGUUCUUAUGGAUAAAUAUGAGUACUCUCCAGCCGACGUUCACAUCAUCGGCCACAGCCUGGGAGCGCACGCGGCAGGCGUAACCGUUCACCGUACCCCUGCGCUUCUUUUUCUUUCAGGACUUGAUCCCGCCCAACCUUAUUUUCAAGGCACUUCUAUUGAAGUCAGACUGGAUAAAUCUGAUGCAGAAUUUGUUGAUGUUAUCCACACAGAUUCAGCUCCCACAAUCCCCUACUUAGGUUUUGGGAUGAGCACAGCUAUAGGACAUCUUGACUUCUAUCCAAAUGGAGGAAAGCAAAUGCCAGGGUGUGGGAAGAACCCCAUUUCACAGAUUGUAGACCUCGAUGGCAUCUGGGAAGGAACUCGUGACUUUGUGGCUUGCAAUCAUCUGCGGAGUUACAAGUAUUACUCCGACAGUAUUAUCUACCCUGAUGGAUUUCUAGGCUAUUCUUGUGCUUCAUAUGAUGUUUUUGAAACAGAAACCUGUUUCCCAUGCCCGCAAGGGGGAUGCCCAAAUAUGGGUCACUUUGCAGAUAAAUUCAAAGGGAAAUAUAAGAAUGAUUUCCUGAAACUUUACCUGAACACCGGAGAGGCCAAGGAUUUUGCUCUUUGGAGGUACAAAGUAACCAUGACCCUCUCUGGAAAGAGUAAAGUAAAAGGAUACGUAAAUAUUGCCCUGUAUGGAAGUGGUGGGAACACAAGGCAGCAUCAGAUCAUCAAGGGAACCCUCCAACCAGACAACACUUACACAAGCUUCAUCGAUGCAGAAGUUAAUAUUGGAACAGUUACGAAGGUUAAAUUUCUUUGGAACAACAACAGGUUAAAUCCAACUUUUCCUAAACUAGGAGCUGCAACUAUCACAGUCCAAGCUGGAGAAAACGGAACGGAAUUCCAUUUCUGUGGUUCCGAGACAGUGAGGGAGGAUGUUCUGCAAACUCUUACUGCCUGCUAA